UCGCAUAUGUACUACUAGGGACAGCUCGAGAAAUUGCAACAUGUACGAGCUUGGUUCUAUACUUACUCCCUACAGAGGGUGUGGGAGCAAGUUGCUCAACUUUUGGUCUACGAAUUUCGGAUAGGAGACCCUUCUUCGAUUUCGAAAUAAGCUCCAAAGCAAAAUAAACCCGCAGGAGCUUCGAAGGGAAGACUUUAAAUAAUAGAACAUUUGAAAGGUUUCGAUCUGAGACCUGAAGGGGGAAAAAUAUGGCCACCCCGAACAAAACCGUACCCGAGGAAAUUCGGCCGUUCGCCAUGAACAUUCAUAUCAUGAAUUCUACGGCAACUACAAAUGAUGAUGUCGCAAAGAUGAAACUGGAGAUGGAAGGGUUACUACGUGCGGUGUGCGCCGCUCUAAACUCACCCAAAAGGGAAGUUCUGAUAUUGAGGAACAUGGACCAAGAGAAAUUAGGCUUGACUAAGAGACAUCUUGACAAGUGGAAACAGAGAAUCGAGGGGGAACUCUCCACGAAGCUGAAAACAUCGCAGUGGCGAAAGUGCUUUGACUUUUGCGACCUGCCUCAAGAUGUCGAGUAUCUGUACUGCCACACAACGCCGACCCCGCAACCAACCACUAUCAACUUCAACCUCCGGUUGCCAACAGAUACGAGCACGGAGCUUGUGGACGGGUAUCACCGAGUCAUGAGCAUCUUAUCGAGGGAGGCAGAGAGCCUAUCAGCGGGUCGACCGUAUUUCGACUUCGAUGAACACUUACGAAGAGCUGACGGGCCACAUGCAUCUUCGUCAACUACAAGUGUUGUUACUAGGCGCGGCUUUAGUCAUUUUCCGGGACUUCUAGACCUAAAACUCGGCGACACCGUCCAAACACCAGAAUCAAAAACGGUCCAGUAUAAGAAACUGAAAGACGGGGAGAGGUUGGUUUCGAAUAUUGAAAAACAAGUUUCGGAUUAUUUUGGAGCCUUCGCAAACCACGAUGGUGGAUGGAUCGUCAUAGGCAUUGAAAACAAAAACUACGAGGUGGUCGGGCAGACGAUUCCCAAAGAAACAAAGGUUGAGAUAGAGAGGUGUCUCGACAAGUGCGCCAGGCGGAAGAUUUGGGGCAGGAGGCAAGAGGUCCCCGUCCGCGAAAAGCACUGGGAUGUCUACUUCCACCCCUUGGGGGGCGGUAAGCACCUCGUAGAGGUUCGAGUUAACCCUUUCUAUGGUGGAGUGUUUCAAAAAGCCCCCGAAUCUUACACUUUUGAAGUAAACGACAAUGGUGAGAAAGUACCCGUGGAUAUGGCAAUUGAUGAUUGGAUGGAAGCCAUGAUGAGACAAAAAAUAACAGAAAAAAGACGCAGUGACGAAAUGAGUCACAAAUUUGAAAUGCUCAGUACACAUAUUUGUGGAGGUUGCACAGUUUUUGCUCUGAAGAACGCUCGCAGGGAAAUACAAGAAAGGAUGUUCACAAUAAAGGAAGGUGUUCACAUUUGGCCGGAGACUUACCAUAGUCUGGUACAUCCCGAAGUUGCUCCCUUCCUCGACAGUGUCAUUUCUGCUCUGAGGGUUAAGUUUAGGUCCACAAAGGGAGUCUGUGUCAUUUCUCGGUGCAUAGCAGUUGACAUUGGCAUCCCAAGACCUGAAGAUGGCACAAAUAUCACGUGCGAUAUCUUAGUGUUCACAGAAACAGAGACUCCGUUUCUGGUAACUUUGGGGACCGCAAUGUCAUCGGAUGAGGGUGAGAGGUACUCCAGGGAAGCCGCAAUAGAACUCGAAGAACGUCUUACCAGGCACGGUGGAGAAGGUCGGUUCUUCAUUAAAAGCUACUGGUAUGACCAGUUGACAGAUCCGGAACUUGUCCCAGGCAUCUUGGAAAGCAUAUUGGGUCACCGACCACAGGACAAACCGGCCAGCUACCACCAGAUGCAUCUUCAGAAACUGCAAGCAAUCGUCGCCGGUCUCGUCAUCGCCAUCGCUGCAUUUACACCGGAAACCUACUUGUACAUGAAAGACUUAAUGGGAGUCCAGGUGAUGAACCUCUUGACUCCGUCUCAGCUCCUGGCACUCUCGAAAUGCAAGGAAAACCAAUACGUCUGUAUCCAGGGUUACCCAGGCACUGGGAAGACAGUCGUCGGUGUUGAGAGAGCUAAGCAACUACGUCUCGAUGGGGCCCAAGCAGAAGAGAUCCUGUACAUUCCCUCCAACGUGCAAAUGGCAAAAUAUGUGAGAGACCUGACCUUUCCGAGGAGCACCUCAUUACACGGAAGCAAAAUCUGCCUUUCUGAAGCAUUCAGAGAUAUUAUACAAAUGCUGAAAGAUGGGAGCAUGCCUGAAAACGUCAAGUACCUCAUUCUGGAUGACACACAAAACUUGCUCAGCCGGAGAAAUGUUCCUGCUUCCAAUGUGAAGGAAGACAUCCGCCAUCUCACACCAGAGAUGAGGCGUUUGGCCGUGCGGGAGACGCCUCCAAUUGGAUUGUUGAGGCAGGAGAACUACCAAGUUGACUGGUUGAAAUGUCUCUGCAUUUGGCUACGUGAAAAGCGAGACAACAGGAUGGUGAUUAUCUGCGAUGAGUCGCAAAGUCUUGAGAAGGAACACUACUACCAGACACUAAGACAGUUCAUUAAGGAGAGCAAUGGCACAACGGUAACACUGAAUGUAAUCAUAAGAAACUCCGAGGAAAUUACGGAGUUCUUCAAAAACUUUGUCUCAACGCAGUGUUACGGUGUACUUCCUACAACCGCACAUGACUUCAAGGGUCAAAAACCUCUGAUAAGACCAACCCUUCUUUCGCCAGAGUCGUUGAGGGAGACCGUUAAGAAGUUCACAACAUUGAGUUACAGUCCAAAUGAGAUCUCUCUCCUUCGCCACGACCGGGACAGCGACAGGACCGCACUGGAUACUUGCAUGUCGACACCUCUCCAAAAAGAGUGCAUGGCAGUUUACCGGACUAUAAAUAACCAACUCAUAGAUCUCGGAAUAGAAGGCAAUGGGGUGCCCGGUCCUCAAGUGUUUCAUGCCGUGCUUUUCUUUUGCCUCCUUACCAAAGAGUUACUUGAGAGGGGUGUCAGAGGGGAACAAGAAACAAACUUUAAGAUUAAUCUAGCAUUGCCUUGCUUUGCAAGCAAGGAUACCGCCUGUCCCCCAUUCUUCCUGCGACGUCUUCUGUCAGACAGAGGCAGAUACACAGCACCUGUCAGAGACAUGGUUGUCCGCUUGUUCGAGGAAAAAUGGCAGUAUUUGUGUGAACUUUACAGGGCGUUCGUGCAGAGUGGCCGACCCCACUUUACUGAAGCCGUGGACAUCUUGGAAGAGCGCAAAUCGUCACUUCUCCAGCCCAAGACGAAGGAAAUGACAAAUCUCCAGAAGCUUUACUCUGUCUCAGAGUUCCUCCUCGGACCUGUCACUGUGCCGGAACACAUCUUUCGUUUGAUUGAUGUCCAGCAUGCAGGUUUCUGUCGUUUGAUCGUUUUUCACAUUCUUCCAAAUGUCCACGCCAUACAUGGAACGCAUGAAGUCCCUACACGUGGUCAGUGCAUUCGUAUCGAGAGUUUGGAAAACUUUGCAGGGAGGGAAAACCAAGUAGUUAUAGGGAUAAUGCCUCACAAAGAUACCCUGGAGAGGUAUACAUUCAAAAGCUACGUUGCAGCACUGUCGUCUAGGGCCAGAACCAAACUAGAAAUACUGAGCGCAACAGCAUGGACCUUCAUAAGCAAUAUGGAUUUAGAGCAUGUACGAAUGCUCAAACCAUAUUUUGAUGAUCAACACCACGAGGAGCCAAAUUCUGAUACCGAUGGCCGCGGUGUUUGAAGUGGGUGUUUACCUGUCGAAAUGUUUGUGACGUUAUAAUGAGGUCAUUGCGGGUGACCUGAUAUCACCUUUAGCGUGCAUUUGCAAUACGUAUAAUAUACUGACUGAUGCUCACAACUAUAACAUCUGAACAUUUUGCAUAACAGCCGAAAUGUGGUUUUUGACUAAGCGACAAAAAAUUCUAACUGUAUAUUAAUACAGUUAGAAUUUUUUUUUUUUAGUUCAUGCGGCCGCGGAGAGAAAGUAACAGUGAAAACUAAAAGAGUGGUGACUCUCCAAAAAUAAUCCUAAGAAUCCCGGGAAACUCCUACUUGAUCUCGAUUACAACUUUGGAAUAGCGAAAUGUUCCACUUUCAAAAUCUAAAAGUGUUAUACAGGUGGGCGGUAUAGGUGAAGAAUAUAAAGUACCUUAAUUUUAGAUCACAUUACAACUUUUCCUUGUAUUUAAACUUGACACCUGGUAAAUGGUAUGCAAAGGAGUCGUGAAAUAUAAGUUUUAUUAUCUCACUGGAGAUGUUUGACGGCUUUCUAAACUUAAACUGUCGAUCCAAACAUGUUCCGCCAAGUUCAUCUGUAGAAGUCGAACGUUAAGUUCUCAUAACUUUUUUUUUUUUUGCUUCGCCAAUAAUGUACUUUAGUUAUCUUGAAAACUAUGCUGAUCCGCAGGGACUGUUGAGAUACUGAUGCCCAGGGAGGCUACAAAUCCCAGUGAUUCAACCGUCUCAGACAGUUUGAAAAUAUGACUAAAAGUGCGCCAUUAAUCAAAAUCCUAGAGGACAGAUAUAAAGAAAAUUAGAGGAUACAGAAAUAUGUGACCAGUCGUAUCGGUCACGUCCGCCAAUGACAGACGCUAACCAAGCUAAUUAAGCACGUGCCAUGCCGUGAUUAAUUUCACAGAAAUUAAUUUCUUGUACUUUCACAUUCCAGCAGAUAGUUGGUAGCCUGGGGUGAAACCUGUAAAUAUUGCAAGCUGUAACUUUGGCCGCGAAGCGCCCUGGAAUGCUUGCACCGGUACAAUCAGGGUUAAACCCUGGCACUGGUGUUUUUGUGUUGGUCCAAGUUUGCCAAGAAAAGGGUGAAAUCGGUUGCCGUGUGGGCAUAUAAAGGCCGCACAUUUUCCUGGUCGUCGCCACAGCAAACAAGGGUGUUCAGUCGUUUUGCUAGCUCAAAUAUCGCGCAGAAUUUCAUCUCAGUGAAAAGACUGUAAAUACACACAGGGAAUCAGAGAAUAUUCCGGCCUUUUUCCAUGAAUGGAGCUACAGUCGCUACGACCAAUGUGACCGAGUAGUCGGUGUAUGAGACAUUCACUGGGCGCCAACUGUUAUCUGCGUACAAUCUUCAUCACGAUGACCGUCGGGUUUUUCUAGUUCAACCUUGUCUUUGACAGGUGCCCACCAAAGAGGGCAAAGGAGGGCAGUUCGUCAGGUGAUGUCGUUACCUGGAAAAAUCGCCAUCGCGGAUAAAAAGGAGACACUAGUUGAUAUUUGCACCACCUGAGUGGUAAUCCUACUGUAAAGACAUACCGCGCCGCAUUUUAACAAUAUUCAACCGACAUAAGUUCCAUGUGAAGAUUUUAUCUGCCGUUAGGCGACAUCGUACUCAUAGUCACUUUUGUAUUGCACGUUGGGGAAGUCAAGAGAGAGCCGUGACUUUCGGCCAGGUUUGGGCUUUUUUAUUAUUGUAUAACACUGAUUUGGGAAUUGCUAUAUUGGCCACAAUAAU